UACACGUUCGAUGAUGACGUCACGAGAAAUUUUGCCUUUUUCGUGAAAAUUCGUACCGCGAAGGAUUUUCCAAAAAGGAACAUUUCAAAUAGGGCCAAGGCAUAAAUACAGCCGGCAAAGAAAUACGAUCAAAAAUAAUGACAAACCGAGAUAAUUAUUUAUGCCGUGUUUGUCUAUCGUCGAGCAACGACAAUCAACCUAUCUUUUCCAUCGAGGACAAUUCUACGAAAGAUAAGAGCGUCCAGGAUUUGUCCGAAAAGUUAUGGCUAUGCGGAGGUAUCGAGGUUGCCGAAGACGACGGAUUACCCGAGCAUAUUUGUAUAAAAUGCAUUCUCAAAGUCAAUGCAGCUCACGAACUCAGAGAACAGUGUCAACGAGCGGAUGUCAAGUUAAGACAACUAUAUGGCAAAGCGAUCAAAAAAGCUGACACUGUCAAAGAUCAAUAUUGUCAAACCGAAAAAGAACACUUUCCACUUCUAACGAAAGAAGAGGAUAAUUAUUCUCUUUUACGUUACCAAGAUUCUAUGUCAGACGACAAAACUAACGUCCAAAUCUUGAAAGAAUCCGAUAGUAAUAUUAAGACUGGCAAUGAAAUAUUGUCAGAUACUGAUAAUAAAUUAGAACGAUCGACGCACGAGGUACCUGUUGUUAAAAGAGAAGCUUAUCGUACGAGAAGACUGACGAUGUUCAAAAGAGUUACCUCAAUGGAAAAUUUGAGAAAUCACAAAGAAAGACAAAGACAGUAUAUAAAAAAAAAUGGGAAUACAAAAUACGACAAUGGCGAAAAGGAUGUGCUUUUAAAUGCGGAAAAUGCGUGUAAUAAGGUAGUCAGAGUUUCCGCUACGCGUUCCAAUUUAAAUCUCAAAUGUACUCAAUGCAACAGAUGUUAUUCCAGUAAAAAAUCCUUAGAGAGGCAUAUUUUAACUCAUAACGAAGCAAAAUUUCAAUGCCAAAAGUGCAACAAACAAUUCUUUCAUAUCGAUGAAUUACUCCAACACGGUAAACUUCACAGAUCUAAUGAAAAAUCAAAGUUAGUACCGUGUAAAAUAUGUAAUAAAAGUUUUAGGAAAAUAGAUACUAUGGUACGACAUUUGAAUGUACACAAAAGAGUCAAUCCCAAGGAAGUGUUUUCGAUACUCAAGGAAAUUAGAGAUAGAAGGAAAUUGGAGAACAACGUGCAAUCUUUAGAAAUGAAUAAUCGAUCUAUCCUCUCUCUAGAAGAUCAAAAUUUAUAUGAUCGAAAGGCAUUGGAUAACGGUCUCGACGAUGGGAUCAAAAAAUUAACCAAACAAAUAUCGGACACGGAGGAAAAAAUAAAUCAUUUCUAUACGUCCAGUUCCGAGUCUAAUAGCGAUAAUAAAUCUGAUUCUUUUGAUGGCAUACCUGUUUAUCGUUGCAAGCAUUGCAUUAAGUGUUAUACAAAGGAGACAUCUCUUCAGCGUCAUUUAUUAAAACACGACGAAAGAAAAUUUGUUUGUAAUGUUUGCAACAUGAAAUUCUUUCGUCAAGAUAGGCUUAAAAGCCAUAGAGACAGAUACGGGCACGACGAGGAUAAAGAUUGUUCUAUACCUCAAAAACCGCCGGACGACAAGUUGGCUAUUAAGUUAAUUAAUAGUUGGAUUAGAGAAGAAUUGGAUUCGGAUAACGAAGGUAAAGGAUUCCCCUGUGAAAUUUGUGGUAAAUCCUACGAUACGAAAAAAUCCUUAUUGAAACAUCAGACGAAUACUCACGAAGUACAAGAAGAAAAUUGUUUCAAUUGCGGUAAGGAAUGUAGUUGCGCCAUCAAGUGCAAAGGGAAUCGAAAAAAUAGUGAAAAAGAGAAAAACUUUACGUGCUUAGAAUGUAAUAAAAGUUUUGAAAAAGAAAUCAAAUUACAAAGACAUAUGCGAAUACACGAACGUACGAAAGAGCAAAAAGAUUCGAAUUUCAAACGAUUUUUGUGUCAUAUUUGCAGUAAAACUUUUAGACAAAAUACAGGUCUUAUGUUUCAUAUGAGAACGCAUACUGGAUAUAAACCUCAUGUUUGCAAAUAUUGCGGACGAGGAUUUACGUCAAAUUCAAAUUGCAUUAAUCACGAAAGAACGCAUACCGGUGAUAGGCCAUUCGUUUGUCACUUUUGUAGCGCCGCUUUUGCUAAAUCUUGUACUCUCAAAGCGCAUAUUACUACGCAUACCGGCGAAGCUAAUUAUCACUGCAAAACUUGCGGCAAGUCUUUCAGACGAUUAAAAUAUUUGAAAGAGCAUAGAUUCACGCAUACAGGAGAGAAACCGUAUGCCUGCAAAAUAUGUGGAACAGCUUAUAGCCAUUCUGGCAGCUUAUUCGUUCACGAAAAAAAAUGUAAAGCCCAGUACAAUAAUUAUCAAACUACGACGCCGACUCAAACUACGACGCCAACUCCAAAUACGCAAAGUUACGCUCAAUCUCAAGGAAAUGUUUGCGUUAACACACCCGUCAUACCUCCUAUUAUUUCAACACUGCCGCAAUCUCAUAUAAAUAAUAUUAAUAGUACUUUAGGUUCUCAAGCGAAUAAAACUUAUAUCGACAGCGUGCAAAGAAUGAACGCGCACGCUGCUGCUGCUGCUGCUGCCGCGGCUGUGGUAGGUACGUCUUCGUUGCACGUACAUCCUAGUCCGGAUAUUCCAGAUGUAGCAUCGGCGGUUAGAAAUAUUGCUAUCAUAGGACAAGUAUUUUACUCUUAAAAAACAAAUUCGAUCAACGAUCAAAUUAAAGAUAACCAGAACCUUUCUGUGAUACAUGACAAUUUUUAAUAAGUCCUUGUCAAGUCUUAAGAUAUUGAAUGUGCACUAUGGAUAAACAAAUGUUUACAUUAUUUUUAGCGAACCCCUAUGCGGAUUAUUCUAUACGUUAGUAUUGUUAGCGGGGUAAUGGGUACACGAUGCAUAGAAGUGUAAAAACGUAUGCAUGCGUUAACUGUAUGUACGUAUACAAUCGAGAAGUAAUCUAUCAUGCGCUGGAUUGAAUUAUUAUUUUAUCUAGAAAUUUAUUCAUUUAGAUUUUUUUAUCAAGACCGUGUUAAAUUUUUUAAUAUAAAUUUUAUCUUCUAUAUGAGAGUUAUUUCUUACGAUCAUUUUUGUGUAUGAAACAUGUAUAUCAGUAUAUCCUAAGCUAUGUACCACAUAUCAUUGUUCGCGAUAUAAUCGAUAAAA